CCCUCUAACUGGAUGGGAAUGAACGUCAUCUGUCUCUUACGGUUAGCCAUAGCCACAUUUAGCUCGCCGCUCCUGUGACGGGUGUUUCGUCUCAACGAGCUGGUUGUCUCACUUUGACCCUUUGGGGCCCUCAUUGCUUCCUUGCAAAACAUGUUUCCCAGAAGCGUAACCCGACGCCGAGGCACACAGACCGGAGUACAGACCGGAGUACAGACCGAGUGAAGGUCUGGCUACAUCAAUGCUAGUGGACGAGAAACCAAAGUGGCAGGAAUAAGCCACCUAAACCUUUAAAAACACCUUUCGGUGGGUCACCAUACCGACUACUGGGGCUGUAGAAAGAGCCCAGACCACCCUGUCCUCCGUAUAAACGGUCGUCUCUCCAGGGAGGAGCUAUGGGGGCGUUCCUGGACAAGCCCAAGACGGAGAAGCACAAUGCCCAUGGCGAGGGCAACGGGCUGCGCUACGGCCUGAGCUCCAUGCAGGGCUGGAGGGUGGAGAUGGAGGACGCCCACAACGCCAUGCCCGGACUGCCCGCCCAGGGCAUGGCGGACUGGGCCUUCUUCGCUGUCUACGACGGCCACGCCGGCUCCCGGGUGGCCCACUACUGCUCAAAGCACCUUCUGGAGCACAUCUUUUCCGCCGGGUCAGGGCUACUGGGCACGGAUAACGACUCGGACGAUUCCACCGCAGACCCGAUCUCCCCGGUCUGCCUCACCGUGGAGGCGGUGAAGACCGGGAUCCGAAGCGGCUUCCUGCACAUCGACGAGCACAUGCGCAGCUGCAACGGCAUGGACCGCAGCGGCUCCACGGCAGUUGGGGUCCUCCUGUCCCCGGACCACCUCUUUUUCAUCAACUGUGGGGACUCACGGGCGGUGCUGUACCGCAACGCCCGCGUGUGCUUCUCCACGCUGGACCACAAGCCCUGCAACCCACAGGAGAAGGAGCGCAUCCAGAACGCGGGCGGCUCAGUGAUGAUCCAGAGGGUGAACGGCUCGCUGGCCGUCUCCAGGGCCCUGGGGGACUUUGACUACAAGUGCGUGGACGGGAAGGGCCAGACGGAGCAGCUGGUGAGCCCCGAGCCGGAUGUGUUUGAGAUGGUGCGCUCCCCUGAGCUGGACCAGUUCGUGGUCCUGGCCUGUGACGGCAUCUGGGACGUCAUGUCCAACGAGGAGCUGUGCGAGUUCGUCCGGUCCAGACUGGAGGUCUCCCACGACCUGGAGAGGGUUUGCAAUGAGUUGGUUGACACCUGCUUGCAUAAGGGGAGUCGGGAUAACAUGAGCGUUGUGCUGGUAUGUUUCCCCAAUGCUCCACAAAUCUCAGAGGAGGCUGUGAGGAAAGACGCCGACCUCAACAAACACCUUGAGUCUCGAGUGGAAGAGAUGUUGUCUGGAUCAGGGGAGGAGGCCAUACCAGACCUGGUAACAGUGAUGAGGAACCUGUCUGCUGCCAACAUCCCCAACCUGCCACCUGGGGGAGGUCUAGCCAGCAAACGCAGCCUUAUUGAAGCAGUAUACCAGGACCUGAACCCACCUGGUGAAGAGGAUGGGCCCUCCUGUUUCAUCUGAGCAGAGGACCUAACCUCCCCUGAGAGCACCAUGACAGAUCACUGUGGUUUACCCGUCCCUUCUUCCCACUUCAAAACUGUGUAUGUGAUGUCCAUGUUACUAGGAAAACCUACUUUUGAAAUCCAGGUGGGAUACAUAAUAAGUGUUCUAUGGUUGAUAUUACAAAGCUGUCCCUUCUCUCCCUCUCUUCCUCUCUUCUCUCUCUCUUCCUCUCGGUGGCUUCUUCUGGACCUCCUUUCUCUGUGAUCUUUGUCUCCUCACCUGUUCUCUGCUAUUACUCCACCUCUGUCGUGUCCUCACCCCUGCAGAAUGGAGCUGACUUGGAGGACCCCUGGUAGCUGUCCUACUGCCUGCUCACAGAAACAGAAAAACUGUUUGAAGGUUGACCUUUUUUUUCUUUCUUUUUUUGCACCAGUCUGAUAUCAAUUUAAGCUCAAACAGCAAUUCCUGACACUCAAAGAAUCAUCUGACCACAAAGGAUUUGCAAAGACCAAGACAAAAGUCGAUUUUUUGUGACGCAAACAGGACAGAGAUACAUUUUGGGAGAGAAAGAGGGAGGUUUUUAGGUUGCCACAGCUUUCUUCUGGGUGCUAUUUGUGGUCCUCUUUGUUAAGCUACUGCGAUGUGGAAUCCACUGGUUUGGAUGAGCUGGGCUAACAGGAUCCCAGUAGUGCAGAGUCUGGCUCAGAAGGCAGAGAGAAGGGAGCUCUGUGGGGGGCAGCUCGCUGGCCGCAGCCUGUAGCAUUGGUUCAUAUGAAGGCCUUCUCUCCACCGGACCAGGAGCUCAGGCAUGGGGGCCCGAGAGGCCGGAGUAGCCGCUGGGACCCACAUAAUCCCGGGCCUGGUGGGACGUUAAACCUUGUGAAACCAACCUGCGGCCUACCUCCGCCACUCCCCCUUCCCUUCUGCUCUGAUUUGACUAAAUAGUUUCUUUCUGUUUCUUCUGAGCUGUUAUUUGCCUCAGUGAACUUUGUUAUACCAAUAAGCAUAAGCAACCUGCUGAUGACAAAGACAAUAUAUAUCUAUAUCUUGAUUUAUAAUAGUUUCCUCCUAAUCCCUGAUGGUGGGUGGGUGGGGUUCCUCCUCUGUGCUAUUUCAUCACACGCAGCAGUCUAAAGAUUGAGAGCUCUGGGGUGAAGGUGGUCCCAUCUGCUGCUUGGCUGUCCUUCCUCACUUCUUGGUUUCUGUCCUCUUCAGCAGCCCGCUGUACACACACUCAGGCCAGACAUCUGUUGUUUGACCACUAUUCAAACACCCUGCAUUAAAAACAACAACCACAGAGAGUGCAGUUGUUAUUCCAUGUCUUCUUUGAAUAACCUUUCGUGAAACUGUCUAUUGAUAAAGUUGGACCGUAUUGGAUGACAUUUCAGUAGUUCAAGGUGAACAUAUUGUUCUGUGUGAUGAUUGUUCUAUCUUGAGGCCAUCAGGGAACCCAGGCACAGCUCUGCUACCCUACUCAUUAUAGGGCACAUUAGAUAACCUUUAAUCUAGAAGAUGUGUACAUAUAUAUAUAUGAGUGUGUGUGUGUGUGUGUAUAUAUAUAUAUAUGGUUAGAUAUUUGUGUAUGUGUGUGUGUAUAUAUACAUAUAUAUGUGUAUAUAUAUGUAUGUGUAUGUGUGUAUAUAAAUGUAUGUGUGUGUGUGUGUAUAUACGUAUAUAUAUAUAUAUAUAUAUAUAUAUAUAUAUAUAUAUAUAUAUAUAUAAAUAAUAAAUAAAAUGUAUAUAGCGCUUAAUAUGGUACUCUAAGACGCUUGUGUGUGUGUGUGUAUACAUAUGUAUAUAUAAUAUAUGUGUAUAUGUAUGCCGGCUUUCAGUUUUUAAAUACAGUUGCCUCUCUGCUGGUAUUACUGUCAGUAUCCGGUGCCUCUUUUUUUCAAAUAAUGGGAGGUACUCUAUUUGUUUUGUGCUACUCUGGGAUGGGGUUAAUCUAUUGUUGAUACUAUUGCAGCUUUUUUAGAACAAGAGUAUUGUAUGUUCAUGAUAAUCAACACCAUAACUUAACUUCACAGUGCGGACUGAAUACCAACAGCAUUAAUGCUCAUCUCUCUGUCUCUGUCUUGGUGUCCGUCUCUCUGUCUCUGUCUCUCCCCUCCUCUCCUUUUUUUAUGUGGAAGACAUCUUUUUCUUUUUUUUCCACUGCUUCAGACAAUUGGCAUAGGCACCUGGUACUUACAAACCUUUGUCUUGUUUUUUUGAGGGCUCAAAUAAAUGCUAUGCCACCCCA